AUGAGAAGAAGUCAUCAGAAUCAUAGCUUCAAACCGUUUCAAGCGCCCUCCCCGAGGCGCAACAAUGCCCUCAACCACUCCUCCCCAUCCCAGAGUAGCAGAACCGGUAUCAUCGACCAGAGACUCGUUGAAGGUUCCCAGAACCCACAAUAUAGUAGUCCAUCUCCUGGAAAGCCCUUUAAUGGACUUGCAUCAUCUGGCCAUCAUGGAGAUGUACAAUUGGAUGCUUUCGGUGAGUUUCUCGACAGUACUGAUGAGCUCCGAGACUUGGAACUGCUAGCUUCGGAGGAUAGGGAAGACGCAAUUGACGAAGCAAUUCAAGAGGCACGGCUUGGAUUCCCCAGAUCUACUCCGCGUCAAGCAUCUCAUCAGCCAAAUACCCAACCACCGCAGUUCUCCCGCUUCUUUGAUCCACUUACAAGUAUCACGACAUCCCGCGGUAAUGGAUCCAGCUCGUCAGAUCCUUCGUCAGGAUUGCCAUCCAGUCCCUUAGCCUUCUUUCGGCCUAAGCAUAAUCCCUCUCGGAUUGGACAGUCUAGUCUCGAGACCAAUCAUGAUCCGUAUCCUGAUUUUACUCAAACCUCGCCGCUGGAAUCGACACCUCAUUUGAAUCGCGAUAUCACAGGGAACAGACAGGGGAAACUGUUUGGCAACAUUCCACCUUCAGUACGCGGGAUCGUCCUCGUAUCAGUGAACGAUAUACCAGAGAAAUACCGCUCAAUGUUCCCCUUCCCUCUCUUCAAUGCCGUCCAAUCCAAAUCAUUCCACGCUGUCUACAACAGCAACGAUAACAUCGUUCUCUCAGCACCAACAGGAAGCGGCAAGACAGUUCUCAUGGAACUAGCCAUCUGCCGCCUCCUCAACGUCCUCAAAGACGAGCGCUUCAAAGUCAUCUACCAAGCACCGACCAAAUCUCUCUGCAGCGAACGUUUCCGAGACUGGCACCCCAAAUUCUCAAGCCUGAAUCUCAAAUGCGCCGAGCUGACCGGCGACACGGAUCACACGCAACUGCGCAGUGUGCAAAGCAGCCAGAUCAUCAUCACCACGCCCGAGAAGUGGGAUAGCAUGACUCGGAAGUGGAAAGACCAUAUGAAGCUGAUGCAACUGGUCAAGCUGUUUCUCAUUGACGAAGUGCAUAUCCUGAAAGAGACGCGCGGAGCGACUCUUGAGGCGGUGGUGUCUCGGAUGAAAAAUAUCGGAUCGAACGUAAGAUUCGUGGCGUUGAGCGCUACAGUGCCCAAUUCUGAAGAUAUCGCUACUUGGCUCGGGAAGGAUGCGACGAACCAGCAUGUUCCUGCGCAUCGUGAACAUUUCGGUGAGGAGUUUCGGCCUGUUACCCUGAAGAAGGUCGUUUAUGGGUAUCCGUAUAGUAUGAAUGAGUUUUCAUUUGACAAAGUGAUUGGACUGCAUUCAGCACAGAAACCUAUUAUGGUUUUCUGCUGUACUCGGAACUCAUCGUUGGCGACGGCAAAGGAGCUCGCUCGUCUCUGGACGUUGACAAACCCGCCAGCUAGGCUUUGGAAGGGACCUCAGAAGCGGCUCGACGCUAACAAUGAGGAUCUUAAGACAACGAUUGCUGCGGGAGUGGCAUUCCACCACGCAGGUCUAGGACCAGCAGAUCGCCACACUGUCGAGAUAGGAUUCAGAGAUGGACAAAUCAAUGUGAUCUGCUGCACGUCCACACUUGCCGUUGGAGUGAAUCUGCCAUGUCAUUUGGUGAUAAUCAAGAACACAGUCAGCUGGCAAGAAGGCGGAUGCAAGGAAUACUCGAAUUUGGAGAUGAUGCAGAUGCUCGGCCGCGCCGGACGGCCUCAAUUCGAUGACAAUGCGACGGCCAUCAUCCUCACGAAGAAGGACCGUGUCGGACAUUACGAGAGACUCGUCCAGGGAUCUGAAAGUCUGGAGAGCUGCUUGCAUUUGAACCUGAUUGAUCAUCUCAAUGCAGAGAUUGGACUGGGAAAUGUUUCAGACGUCGAGUCGGCUGUCAAAUGGCUUGCUGGGACAUUUUUGUUUGUGAGGCUGCGUCGAAACCCAACACACUAUAACUUGAAAGAGGGUGCAAACCAGGAAGACGAGGAUGAACUGUUGCGGAAUAUCUGUGAGAAGGAUAUCAGUCACCUUCGGGAAUGUGGUUUGGUUGAGCUCGACAAGCUUUCCUCGACACAGUUUGGUGAAGCUAUGGCUCGGUACUAUGUUCGAUUCGAGACGAUGAAGGUUCUAUUGGGAUUGAAAGAAAAAGCAACCCUAUGUGAAACACUCAACGUGAUCUCCCAAGCCGAGGAAUUCCACGAAAUCCGCCUAAAAGCCAACGAGAAAAACCUCUACCGAGAAAUAAAUGGUGAUCCAGGCAUACGCUUCCCCAUCAGAGUUGACCUAGCCCUCCCCGCGCACAAGAUCUCACUCCUGCUCCAAUCAGAGCUAGGAGCCAUCGAAUACCCAGACAGCGACCAACUCCAAAAACACAAGUUCACAUUCAACCAAGAUAAAUCCCUCGUAUUCGCACACGUCAAUCGACUGAUCCGCUGCCUAAUCGACUGUCAAAUCGCGCGCCGCGACUCAAUCGGUAUUCGUAAUGCCCUAGAACUCGCCCGCAGCUUCGGCGCCAGAGUCUGGGACCACUCACCCCUCCAGAUAAAGCAGAUCGAACAAGUUGGGGUCGUGACAGUGCGCAAACUGGCUGCUGCUGGUAUUACCAGCAUCGAGGAACUUGAAUAUGCGGAGGCUCAUCAGAUCGAGAUGGUACUUAGUAAGAAUCCGCCAUUCGGGGCGAAGUUGCUUUCGAGAUUAAAAGAGUUUCCGAAAUUGAGGGUCGGAAUCAAGAUGCUUGGCAAGGAAGUCAAUAUUGAUUCUGUCAAUGUCCAGUUCAAGGUCGAGGUGGCGUUUAUGAAUGAUAAGAAUCCUGCUUUCUUUCAGCAUCGGCCGGUCUAUGUUUGUUGUUUGAUAGAGAGAUCUGAUGGGCAGAUGAUUGACUUCAGACGCACAAGGUCAGUGUCUGGAGAAUUUGUGGUUUGUCCAAUGGCUGAUAGGAGUGGAAGUGCGAGUAAGCUUCAAGGUCUUCUGGAGAUUGAACUCAGCUCGGAAAUGACAAACUCGGAUCAAUCAGUCCUCUGUCAUGUCAUGUGCGAUGAGAUUGCUGGGACGUCAAGACAAGCUGAGCUCAACCCCAAUCUGCCUUCCCAUGCUUUUGCUGCAGUGAGAGAUACAAAUCUUGUUUCUCAAGACUUGGUGGAUCAACCCCGUCUAUCUCAUGGUUUCACUACUAUAAAUAAACCCAAACACACAGAGGAACCCAGGACCAGCAUCUCUCAUCCUCGUGUUGCAGAAAGGAGCAAUAGCAUUUUCAAAUCUCCUCGGGAAUUGCACGAUUUUGAUGGCGAUGACUUGGAACUUGAUGACUUCCUCGCUACCGGUGACUGCCGCGACAAAGUGAAACACUCUUCACGUCCAAAAGUUGUCCAGCUAGAUGACUCGGACUGGCUGUCAAUCGCUACAACGAGCCCAAGUCCACCCAAAGGAGUAUCCAAGGCCCCAAAUCCUCGCGAAGAUGACUGGGCCGCUCAAUUGGGCGAACAAGUCGAUGGGGAAUACGAGCCGAUUCGGCUUGCGAAUGGCAAAUGGGCUUGCAACCACAAAUGCAAAGACAAGACGAGUUGCAAGCAUUUCUGUUGCCGGGAAGGCUUGGAUAAACCGCCUCCAAAGCCUAAGAAGCGGGCUCUCCCUGGAACUCAGAAGGAAGAUGGUCUCAAUCAACUGACUAUCUCUGCCAGUAUUACCAAGACCCCAGCAAUUGGCUCUAAUGAAGGUGCUCAUGAGAGGAACCAACGUACUACUGAGGUUAAGAAUUCUGAAAAUUUCUCGAAGACCAAAACCUCAACUCCACAACCUGGAAAGAAGCCUUUGAACCAAGUCAGUUCUGUCCUUUUGGAAAAAGACAAAAACGUUCCCAUCAAGAAAAAGAGACCAGAAACUCCCAAGCCCUUCUCCAGUGAUUAUGGCGAUGACAGCUUGGAUGAGCUGAUAUCUCCUUCGCAGCUUUUCGGAAAAACGGGAUCAAGCUUUGCAAGAUUACCAUCUCCGAUGACGAGCAUCCAGGCAAUGAACAAUGGUGCUGAUGUUGUACCUGUUUCUACCGACAAGAAGAACACUGAUAGCCCUGAGUUACCUGUUUUCCAAACAAACAUCCAAGUGAAAAAAAGCAAGCCAAGCACUCCCAAGACGCAACCUGAGGUAAUCGAAAUAUCAGAUGAUACACCCUCAGAAGCUACAAGCAUUGAAAACGAAAAUGCAAAGCCAGAGCCCACUACACCUGGGCAUGACAUAACCCCAGAAGCUACAAGCAUUGAGAAUGCAGAGCCAGAGCCUACUACACCCGAGCAGAGUACAAUUUCCCUCACGAGCCCAGAGGAACCCCAUCUGAAACGACAAGCGAGUGAAGAUGAAUAUCAGGACAGCAAACGGCUCAAGCGAACCCCCUUUGAUUCUCAUUUCCAAGCAGAAUCUCCAAAGCAUUUCAAGGAGAUAGCACUUGAUCCCGAGCAGCCCGAUCUUCCAGUAAUGCGCACCUGGUUGGACUUGAAUGCUGACUGGAAUGAUGCCGACAUUGAUAUGGUCAAGGAGUUUAAGGAUAUUAUUGAUUUUAUCUAG